AUUUACAGGUUAUAGUUUACAAUUGUAAAUAUCGACAAUGAGAAUGAAUUUGAAACUUCUUUUCUUCAUAUUUAUGCUCACUAUAGUAUCACUAGAAGGACAAGUAAACUUCACGGAAAACUUAAGAGUUUUAUCGAAAGGAUUGAUUAAUUAUAUGUUUCCUAAAGAUCCUGGUAUAGUGAAAGUGAGGAAACCAGAAGAUGUCAAAACAGGAAACAAUAUAACCAUAUUAGAUUUUAUCGGUUUAGUAGAGCAAUAUGGUUACUCCGCCGAGGAGCAUUAUGUCACAACGGAAGAUGGUUAUAACUUGGUAAUACAUAGAAUAUUAGAAAAACCUUUAUCUAAGGAUCAACAAGAAAGAAAAGUAGUGUUCUUCCAACAUGGUAUGUCGUGCACGUCUGAUACUUGGAUAUUACUUGGUCCUGGUAGAGACCUUGCAUUCUUAUUGGUUGAUCAAGGAUAUGAUGUAUGGCUUGGAAAUACCAGGGGAAAUUCUUAUAGUAAAUCACAUAUAAAAAUGUCUCCACGAGAUAAGGACUUUUGGCAAUUUAG